AUACGUCUUCGUUGAUGACGUAUUACGGCUGGAUUCCAGUACUGUUUCUUCUUUUUAGCAAGUAUUUUUGUUAGUAGGGUGAUAAAAUGUUUCAUCGCGUCAGAUAAUCGUUAGUGGAGUGAGCCCCACUAUAAAUUCACUGUUCUUUUUAUUUAAAUUUCUGCUGUUUGGACAAAAAUGACCGAUUUGACCGGUUUUCUGGCGAAAGAGGGCUGGUACCUCAGUGAUGAAGGCAUCGCAGAACUGAAAGGAUCUGCAGAGACUGUAACACACACUGACAUUAUUCGUAUUGCACUUGAUAGAGAUCUUAGGCCUCUUGGGAAAAAGUUUCUGCCGUCUGAUGUUAACAGUGGAAGGACUGAGAAGUUGGAGGGUCCAUGUGUCCUCCAGGUGCAGAAGGUGAGAAACAUUUCAGCUCCGAAAGACCACGAGGAGUCCCAGGGUGCACCGCGAAUGCUGCGCCUACAAAUGACAGAUGGCCACACCACCUGUGUGGGAUUAGAGGUUAAACAUCUGUCCAAGAUCAGUCUUAAUACGCCUCCGGGAACAAAAGUAAAGCUUCUUGGUACAAUCCAGGUUAAAAAUGGGUUUCUGCUGCUUGAUGACUCAAACAUCUGUGUCCUUGGAGGAGAAGUGGAUCACAUGGUGGAGAAAUGGGCUCUACAGAGGCGUCUGGCCAAACACAGCAGGAGUAACAUUGGAGCAGAAGGUGGACCUCCACCUUUUGUGCCAUUUGGCCAGAAGUGUGCUCGGUUGGAUGAUGUAGACAGCCGAGAACUAGACCAGAGGAAGACUCUUCAGACUCAAAAUGUCAUCAAAAGCACCGAGGGGAACGACGAGUUCGAAAAGCAGCGAACAGCAGCUAUUGCUGAAGUGGCCAAAACCAAGGAAGCCCCGCGCACAUUUGGUGGCGGAGGAAAUGCAGGCAGUAAUUUAACCAGCGCUGCUUCCUUUUCUCGGAGCAAAGACUCGUACCAGCAGAGGAGACGAGAAGACAAGCCUGAAAAAACAGAAAGCAGACAAGAUGAAAACUACAGAGAGCUGGUGAACGAGUGCGCUCUGCGAAACAUCAUGGAGAUGGGCUUUAACAGGGAGGCUGCUCGACAAGCUCUGAUGGAUAAUAAUAACAACCUUGAAGUGGCGCUAAACAGCCUACUGACAGGAUCUUCUGGCAGCAGACCUGGCUCAGUGUUGGCUGAAUCUAACAAGCCGCAACCUAGAGCCAGAGGAAAGGGAAGAGGCAGAUCCAGAAAGGAGGACGAUGAAGACGAAGCAGGAGGGCGACCAUCUGGACCAAGAACUCUAUUCGACUUCCUUGAGUCCAAGAUGGGAGUUUUCUCCAUUGAUGAGCCAAAGAGUCAGCCAUCACAGAGACUCCAUGAGAACAAAGGAAACGUCUUUAACGCAAACUAUCACAGCAAAGACACGUCUCAGGCCAAGUUCUCACAUAAUGACCACAGGCAGCAAAGGACUGACAGACCACCUCGCUUUCACAAGGACAUUGAUUUUCCCAAACCUGGCCAGGAGCCAGCCUCUAACUGUAUAACCUCCCUGAUGGCUGUUCAUACCCAGCAGUGGAAAGGCCAGGAGAGAUGGCCCCAAGCUCCAAAUGACCGGAGAGAAAUGAGAGAUGAACAGAUCGAUCCCUCUGUCUUAACCACGUCUCUCACACAUUCAAAAGAAUCUCAACAGCAGAUUGAAUUUAGUGGAGCUUACCACCAAAGGUCCCGAAAUGGAAAUAGUGGUGGUAAUAUAUCUGGACCGUCUUAUAGGAGGGGGCCUAAAGAUAACACACCCACAUCUAAACUGAGUAAUUCUGCAGUGACUGAAGCAGACGGAAAAGGAAUUUACAGAGGUGUGGAUCGAAAUGAAGACGCCAACAACGGCAGGAGGAAGGGGAAGGCAGAUCGUCCGAACUCGGAUUACUUUGACAGACAAAAGGACAGUGGGCCAUCAAACUUUAACCAGAGAGGAGGAAGUUCAGGGACUUCCCAAGAUGUGGGAUUAUCACAGGACCCUCGGAUUACCACAGGCAAUCCUACUCAUUUCCAAAAUGGAGAGGUGGAACAUAAAAGGACAGGUCCGAUCAAGCCUACAAACUUCUGUCCACCGUACCAGGAGCAGCAACCCAAGAAGAACUAUCCCAACAACGCUGGGUAUAAAAAAAGGUCAGGGCAAGGCAAAGGUCCAGGUCCUCGAGGACCUGAGAGAAGUCACGUCUUUGAAUACACCUGGAAACCUGGUGACCAGUGCCUGGCUCUGUACUGGGAGGACAACAAGUUCUACCAUGCCAGAAUAGAUGCUGUGCACCCAUCUGGCUCUACAGCCGUGGUGGUUUUCAGCGAUUAUGGGAACUGUGAAGAGGUGCUCCUUCAUAACAUCAAACCUGUUCCUGCUGACAUGAUGGAGGAAGAUGACGGUUACUAUGACAGUUCACUAGAGUUUCGUCGCGGGGGUGACGGACAGCCACGGCGCUCCCGACCCACUCAGCAGUAUUACCAGCCGCCCAGGGCGCGUGAUUGAUGUGUCUGUGUUUACACUGGCAGCAGUGCUUGUCCCUCAUUCCUGGACCUUCUGCAACAAUCCAGAGAGCUUCCUGAGUUUUUAAGCGUCCCCAUCGUCAUGACAUCACAGAACUCCUCAAAGGGCUUGCACAUGGCGCAAAAUUAAAAGAACUGACUUAAGCUUCAGUUUAUUUUUGUCAAGACCAUAUCUACAGUACCGGGGUAUAUGUUUUGAAGGUUUGUUUAAUGGAUAUGUAAAAAAAAAAAAAAAGCUGUAUUUAGCAGGUUUGUUUGAAUAUUUCAAACUUGAGUGAUAAAAUAAACUAAUUUCAGG